AAGAUAACACUGAGGACAUUUGCUCAUCAGUCACUUUUUAUCAACUUUAUAAAAUUAACAAGUCCAUAAUUUAGGAAAAUGAUAGAUGCAAAAAUCAUCGAUUUCGACGUUCAAGAUAUAAGAUUUCCAACGUCAUUAAAGGGCGAUGGAAGUGAUGCAAUGUAUACCAAGGUUGAUCAUUCUUGCGUGUACGUAACGAUCAAAACUGACAAAGAAUAUGAAGGAUAUGGCAUUACAUGUUCUAUGGGAAGAGGAAAUGAAUUGAUAUUGCAAACGUGUAAGCUAUUGUUCGAACUUAUAAAAAAUCAGACAACGAUAGAGAUUUAUUCUAACUUUGCGUCUGUUUGGAGAAAAUUAACGAGCGACGCGGAAUUUAGAUGGAUUGGACCGGAAUGUGGUGUAAUACAUCUAGCUACAGCGGCUAUUGUAAACGCAUUAUGGGAUUUAUGGGCACGUAUCGAAAACAAACCUGUCUGGAAGCUUCUUGUAGAUAUGACACCUGAACAGCUCGUCUCCACUGUCGAUUUUAGAUAUAUUAAAAAUAUAUUGAGUGAGGAAGAAGCGAUACAAAUGCUGAAGGAGAACGAGUCAAAGAAAAAAUUACAGGAGGAAUUGUUAAGAAAAUGCGGCUAUCCCGCAUCUACAUCUGAUAUUGGAUGGGUGGGUUACUCCUAUCAGAAGACGAGAGGUCUUGCCAAAAAAUUUGUGAAGCUUAAUUUCAAUACAUUCAAAGUAAAUGUGGAUAAUAAGAUAAAAAAUAGCGUGAAAAGGUGUAGAGCCGUUCGCGAUGUAGCAGGCUGGAAAAAUAAACGAUUAAUUCUGGAUGCGAGUCAAGCUUGGGAUGUGCUCGAAGUGGCUGAUAAUAUACAACAUUUCAAACACUUUAAACUAUUUUGUAUAGAAGAUGUGAUGGCCCCGGACGAUUUUGUGGGAGUUACUUUCAUGAAAUUUGAUAAGGAACUUUUUCCAUGUUCUAUCGGCAAAAUGUGCGCAAAUCGUGUUAUAUAUAAAGGAUUCCAUAAACUUAAGGCAUUUACCUUUUGGCAACUUAACGUGGCGAGGCUUGGCGGAGUUAAUGAAGCCUUAGCUGUAUAUUUCAUGGCAAAGAAAAAGAAUGUAUCUAUCUGGGGAUACGCCAAUGGAGUGGGUUUAGGCGAGAUGAUUCAACAUCUUCAAAUGUGGGAUUUUGUUUGCUUGAACCAGACCACUGAAAAUCGUAUGAUAGAAUUUGUGAAUCGUAAUCAUGGAUAUUUCAAAAAUCCUGUACACAUUCAAAACGCUUGUUAUAUGCCGCCUAAAGAUUCUGGUUUUUCAACUAAGCUUAAAGACAAAUUUAUUGUAAGAUGGUCUUAUCCAGAUGGUACACGAUGGAAAUACUUAUUUAUUACAAAACAUUUCAAGAAUGAAAAUGAAGAUAAUUAAAAUUGGAUUUGGCUUUAAAA